UCAUUCGUAUUUGUUUGCUCCGUAUUGAGUCAGCUUCAUCCUCUUCAACGGCAGAAAAUCUUCCCAACGCAUCGUAUAUUUUACGGGAAUUCACGAGAUUCAAAGGAGAACAAGAAGAGGAAAAAGAAAGAACUGAAUGGAAAAAUAGUGGUUACCAUUGUUUGGUUAGCUCUGGAAGAGCUUAAGCAUAUCAACAGCAACAGCAGAAGUCGAAUGCAUACAGGAAGAAGUCGAAUGAAUACAGGAAAACAGAGAUGCUCGCAAUGGAGCCUCUCGACGGCGCACCGCCGCCAAUCGCCAUUGUCGGAAUAGGGUUGAAGCUCCCUGGAGGUAUCACAACAACAGAUGAAUACUGGGAUCUUCUCAUAAACAAAAAGAGUACACAAACACAGGUUCCGAAUAACCGAUUUGGCGCGCACGCCUUUGAAAGCAAAUUAGGGACGCCGGGUACGCUGAAGAGCACAUACGGGCACUAUUUGGAAGGCGAUCUGGAGAAAUGGGAUGCAUCAUUUUUUUCUAUGAGUAAAGCCGAAGUUGAGAAGCUUGAUCCCCAGCACAGACUAUUGCUUGAGGUUAUAUGGGAAUGCAUGGAGGCUGGUGGACAGAAGAAUUGGCGUGGUCGCAACAUAGGUUGCUACGUUGGCGUAUUUGGUGAAGAUUGGCUAGAUCUAUAUGCAAAAGACCCCCAACAUUUGGGAACGCAUCGAAUCUUGACCGGAGGGGAUUUUGCCUUGUCAAACCGGGCAUCUUAUGAAUAUGAUUUGAAAGGUCCCAGCAUGACUAUCCGUACUGCAUGCUCGUCUUCACUUAUCGCACUUCAUGAGGCCUGCCAAGCUAUCUAUAUUGGAGAGUGUGAAUCUGCCAUUGUUGCUGGAACUAGCCUUUUUCUUUCGCCGACUAUGACUAUCGCCUUGUCCGAACAGGGAGUCCUCUCACCAACGGGAUCAUGCAAGACGUUUGAUGCCAAAGCAGACGGCUAUGCUCGCGGUGAGGCAAUCAAUGCCGUCUUUAUUAAAAAGCUGAAAGAUGCUAUUCGCGAUGGGGAUCCGAUCCGCGGUGUUAUCAGGGGCACAGCAACCAAUUUUGAUGGCAAGACCAUUGGAAUCACGAAUCCCAAUCAAGAGGCUCAUGUAGCUCUCAUGCGACGAGCCUAUGAAGUGGCCAAAAUAUCCAAUAUUAGUGAUACAGCGUUUGUUGAAUGCCAUGGGACAGGAACACAAGUUGGUGAUCCCAUGGAGGCCGGAGCUGUGGGGCGAGUUUUUGGUAAUCGAGGCAUAUAUAUUGGAUCUGUGAAACCAAAUAUUGGUCAUGGAGAGGGUGCUUCCGGCUUGAGUAGUUUGAUCAAGGCUGUAUUGUCUCUGGAACAUGAGACUAUUCCACCACAAGUUAAGUUCUGCGUCCCUAAUCCAAAAAUUAAAUGGGCCCAAUACAAUUUGAGAGUUCCAACGAAACCCACACCAUGGCCAACGGACCGCCUACAGCGUGUGUCAGUGAACUGCUUCGGCGUGGGAGGUGCCAAUGCUCAUGUAAUUAUUGAUUCGGCUAAGCUUUACAUCUCACAAAAACAGACGGUGCUCGACCCUAAUCCUCAGUUGCUUGUGUUCUCUGCCCACCAAGGCGCCUCUUUGAAAGAGAGAGCCGCCACGAUAUUUAACUACGCUAAACAGCAUCCUGAUCAACUACCCAACGUCGCAUAUACUCUAGGAUGUAGAAGAGAAAACUUAGCUCAGCGUGCUUUUGCCAUCUACGAUGGUGUAAACACUCCCGAGCUCUCCCCUGUUGUCAAACAUAAAACUUCUCCUCGGGUUAAUUUUGUCUUUACUGGGCAGGGCGCGCAAUGGGCAAGAAUGGGGGCUGACCUUUGCUCUCAAUAUCCCAAAUUUCGUGAUGCUAUACAUCAGAUGGAUGCUGCUCUUACGAAACUGCCCCGUCCUCCUAAGUGGACAAUAAAAGAGGAGCUCAUGCGCUCUGUGGAAGAAAGCAAGAUUCAGCAACCGAAAUUCUCACAACCGAUAUGCACUGCACUCCAGAUAGGUCUUGUGAACCUACUAGAGGGGUGGGGUAUCACUCCCGCGGCUGUGGUCGGUCACUCUAGUGGCGAGAUGGCGGCUGCGUAUGCAGCUGGAGCUUUGACUCUUGAGGAAGCUAUCAUUGUUGCUUACUAUCGCGGACAAGUUACUCAGAAUCACGGACGAAUUGGUGCUAUGGCAGCUGUUGGCCUUGGCCGGGAAGAUGCCGCCGCUUACCUCCAAGAAGGCGUUGUCAUUGCGUGUGAAAAUAGCCCCAAGAGCAUCACAUUGUCAGGAGACGUUGAACGUCUGGAUGAGGUUAUUGCUAAUAUAAAGAAAGAUUUGCCUGACAUCUUCGCUCGCAAGCUGAGAGUUGAAAGAGCCUAUCAUUCACACCACAUGUGUGAAAUUGGCGGUAUAUAUGAGAAGCUACUGGAUGGUUUCGUGAAAGAUAAAAAGCCUUCCGUUCCUUUCUUUUCCAGCGUUACCGCAAAACAAAUCAAGAGACCUGGUCAACUUGGACCAUCAUAUUGGAGGCGAAAUUUGGAAAAUCCAGUGCUAUUUUCACCGGCAGUGCAGCUCAUGAUGCACUCGGCAGUAGAAGAUACGGUAUACCUUGAGAUUGGCCCUCACACUGCUCUGCGCGGACCUCUAAGGGAUAUCUUCAAGUCCGUGCAAAUUUCGACUGCAUCCAUUUAUAUUCCCACUCUCGUUCGAAAUGAUAGCGGUCCCAAAUCAAUCCUCAGCUCCCUUGGACAACUGUACCAAGAGGCUUUUCCUGUCAAUAUUGCUGCCACAACAGCAGGUCGCACCGUAUUAACAGAUCUUCCUAAUUAUGCAUGGCAACAUGACACUGCAUACUGGUAUGAGAGUCGAGUUUCGCGCGAUUGGCGCCUUCGCAAAUUCCCUCCUCAUGAGCUCCUUGGAAACCUUAUUCUGGAGUCUGACGACUUGGAACCUACUUGGAGGAACAUGUUCCGUUUGGACGACGUUCCUUGGGCUCGCGACCAUAAAAUUCAAGAUGACAUUGUUCUACCAGCUGCAGCUUAUAUCGAUAUGGCUAUUGAGGCCCUUAGACAACUCAAUGGAGGCGGCGAGACCGAUGCAUCUCUAAAGCAAGUGGAGAUCCAAAAUGCCCUGAUUCUAAAAGAGCAGCAAGCGCACGAAAUUGUAACACACGUUCGCCCUGUACGCCUAACCUCUAAACUAAAUUCCACAUGGUACGAAUUUGCCAUUUCAUCAUUCAAUGGUGCCUCUUGGACGAAGCACUGCGUGGGCAAGGUGAGGUCGGGUAAAGAAAUUAGUGCUGGUAGUGAAGAUGUCGGACAACAGCCUCGUCAAGUUUCCACCACCGGGUGGUAUCGUAUCAUGAAGAAAGUAGGGCUGAAUUAUGGACCUGAUUUUCAAGGCUUAUCCGACAUUUCAGUCUAUCCUGGACGCCAUACUACUGCUGCCACCAUAAAAAACCGCGAUCCAACGCUUGGUCCUUAUUACUCUCUACAUCCUAGCAUCAUAGAUCUUGUGCUCCAGGCGUUCACAGUUGCCAUUGCUGACGGGUUAACUCGACAACUCAGACAGCUCUGUGUGCCAACAUAUAUAGAUGAGCUAUACAUCAGCAACGGCCAGCCUGAGAUGCGGCUUGGCACUGCUGCUGUAUCAAGUGCAACUGGGGCAAUUCGUGGCUCAGCCACUAUUAUGGCCAACAAUAAGGUAAUUUUGAGCUUAAGAAAUGGCGAAUUCAGUCCACUAGAGAGCGGUGAUGCGGAUAAAGCCGGUCCCACACCAGCUGCUCAUUUGCAUUGGAAGCCUCAUAUCGACUUUAUUUCGCCAAAUAAUCUCAUCUGUCCAGUCCGUCCCUUGCCAGAUGUAGAUGAGGUAGUGAAUAUCGAAAAGCUGGCUCUUUUAUACCAAUUGUCUAUCCUUCAGCACAUUGAGCGAAUUCAAAUCCCUAAACCCUAUAUAUACUUCAGCAAAUGGCUCAAUAAGCAACGAACAAAAGCUCUUAAAGGCAAAUAUGAAAAUGUGCCAGACAGCGCGCAUCUCGUUCAACUAAGCCCAAAGAAGGCUAAAACAGAAAUUGAACGUACCAAGGAACAUCUUCUGCGAACAAGCUGUGCCGGGAUUGCUACUAUCAUUAACCUGCUUGCUACAGGCGCAGAGGCUAUCUUUAGGGGCGAGCAGAACAUAGACGAUGUACUCAAAGACGAUGGCGGAUUUUCUAGCUUAUACAGCUUUAUUGAUAGUCGAUGUGACUUCUCAUCUUUGUUAAGCACGCUCGCUCAUACCAUUCCCACAAUGAGAGUGCUAGAACUUGGCAUUGGAGCUGCUGGUAUUUCCAUAAAGGCCUUGAAAGCCCUCAUUAAUUCAGCUGGAAAGCAUUGCUACAGCAAGUAUGUUUACACAGCUCGCGAUGAGGGAUCUCUCGAUCUUGCUCGGCAGAAGCUAGAAGAAUGUGAGAAUGUAGAGUUCAAAACUCUUGAUCUCACCAAGGAUCCCAAGUCGCAAGAUUUUGAGCUUGAAUCUUUCGAUCUCAUCAUUUCCACCAAGGCUUUUCACCGCUGUUCUGAUGUUCGGAGUGCCCUCCGAAACGUUCGCGAACUCAUGAAGCCAAAUGGCCGACUACUUGUUCAGGAGGUAUCGCCUAGUGCGAACUUUUAUAAAUUCAUAAUGGGCUUCUCUCCUGAACGAUGGGAGGUAAAGGAAGACUGUCGUGACGAUGAGUACUUAUUCGAUAUACACCAGUGGGAUAAUCUCUUAAUGGAAGCCGGAUUUUCUGGGAGCGAAGGGUUGACUAUGGACAAAGACAAUAUCACGCUGAAUAUUCUUACUACGGCAGCUAAUCCACUACGAGAAUAUGGGAAGAUCACUCUUCUUGGUCAUCACGAGUUUGAAGAUCAUACGCAAUCUCUUUCUGAACUGCUUAGUUCACAAGGCUAUGAGGUUGCGUUUCGUACACUUACCCAAGAGCCGGAUCCAAACGCAGAUGUUAUCUCUCUGUUAGAUCUGCAUGAUACAAUGUUCUUUCAGAUGUCGGAAAGCACAUUCAAUGCAUGGCAACGAUACAUUGGCAAGUUCCCCGCGGAAAAAGGACUAUUAUGGGUGACCGGUCACGCCCAAGUUGGAUCACAAGAUCCUCGAUACGCCACUACAAUUGGGGCAACCCGCAAUAUUAGAUCCGAACUUUCAUUGGAUUUUGCGACACUUGAGCUAGAUUUGAAGGAUUUUGAUGCAGAAGGCGUUCUACACGUCUUCGAAAAAUUCUGCAAUAGGACCAAAGACGAUGAGUUUGAUCCUGAUUGGGAGUAUGCUCUUGUCAACGGUAGAGUCAUGGUCCCGAGAUAUCAGUGGAUAGAUAUCGCGGAACAUAGCGGAGGAGAAGCAAAUAUUAAGUCCAGCUCCCCAAAGAAGCUCGAGAUGGCACGCAUUGGCCAACUGCAGACUUUACAAUGGACAGAGGAUGAAACUAUCCCGUUACAAGAUAAUCAAGUAGAGAUUAAGCCCCGUUCCGUCGGCAUGAACUUCAAAGAUAUUCUUGUUGCUAUGGGUAUUGUUGAAGGUUACAAACCAGGUCUUGGUAUUGAGUGCUCUGGUAUCAUCCGCAAAGUCGGUAGUAGCGUCAAAGACUUGUUCCCUGGAGAUCGAGUUAUGGCGAUCGGUCACGGAUGUUUUACAACAAACUACAUUUCAGACGCAAGGCUUGUGGUCAAAAUACCCAAAAAUCUAAGCUUUGAAGAAGCAGCUACAGUUCCGUGUGUUUAUGCUACUGCAAUUCAUGCCCUUAUUAACAUCGGUGGAUUACGUGAAGGCAUGUCAGUUCUCGUUCAUUCCGCCUGUGGUGGCGUUGGAAUAGCAGCACUUAAUGUCUGCACAAUGAUGGGGGCUAAGGUCUACGCCACUGUUGGAAAUGCCGAAAAGGUUCAAUAUCUGGUAGAUAACUUUGGCAUCUCACGCGAGAACAUCUUCAACUCCCGCGAUUCUUUGUUCUACAAGGAUCUAAUGGCGGCUACAAAUGGUAGAGGUGCAGACCUAGUGCUUAAUUCUCUGUCAGGAGAACUGCUUCAUACGUCAUGGAAGUGCGUUGCCCCCUUCGGCAAAAUGCUGGAGAUUGGUAAACGCGAUUUCAUCGGCCGAGGACAGCUUGGUAUGGAAAUAUUUGAGUCGAACCGGUCGUUCCACGGCAUCGAUAUGUCCCAAAUGGCCGUGGAGAGGCCGGAUAUGUGCAAAACAAUUCUAGAGCAGUUUAACAAAUACUACGAGCAGGGCGCCAUCAAGCCUAUCUCACCCUUGAAGCGCUUUGACGUUACUGAUGUUAUGGAGGCUUUCCGAUAUAUGCAAAAGGGGCAGCAUAUUGGCAAGAUUGUGGUGUCCAUGCCAGCUGACGCGUCCAAAUUACAAGUUGCGGCAAAACCUCAUACAGCAAAGUUCAAAAACGACAGGACGUACCUCUUGGUUGGUGGCCUCGGGGGUAUAGGCAAAUCUGUCUCUAACUGGAUGGUACAAAAUGGUGCCCAACAUAUCAUGUACUUGUCUCGAUCUGCUGGAGAUUCUGAGCAAGAUAAGAGAUUUAUUGAAGAAAUUGAAGCGCAAGGGUGUGAUGUACAGGCUAUCAAGGGAAGCGUUACGAAUUUGCAAGAUGUUUAUCGGGCAGUGAAGCAAGCAGCGAAGCCGAUUGCCGGUGUUUUCCUAAUGACGAUGAUUCUAAGGGAUCGUGGUAUUUUACAACUCUCUCACGAGGACUGGUUCACAACGGCUGGGCCCAAAGUUGAUGGCGCGAUCAAUCUUCACCAAGCUCUAGAAUAUUGCGAUUUGGACUUCUUCACCUUGUUUAGCUCCAUAUCUUACAUUGUAGGACAGGUGGGCCAAGCAAACUACUCAGCAGCCAACGCGUACCUGACGGCAUUUACUCAAUUCCGCCACGAGCAGGGACUACCAGCUGGUGUGCUGAACGUCGGAGUUGUAGAUGACGUAGGAUAUGUUGUUGAGAACCCAGCUCUGCUUGAACAAUUUCGCGCCCUCAACUUCUACACUCUUGGAGAAACUGAGCUACUUGACGCCCUUACGUAUACGUUAUCUCAUCAGCAUCCUGCAGCCUCCUCUUCGGAUGUUGGCUUCUACAACCCAUCUGAGCUUGCUAUUGGCCUCAAAAGCACGAAGUCACUCUCUGAUCCUACUAAUCGCUGUAUUUGGAAGCGUGACCGACGCAUGGCCCAAGCACAUCUUCACGACGCUGGCACUUCUUGCAGCAAUGGACUCCCCGAAGACUUUGGCCAAUUCAUAAAGAGUGUCCACACCACUCCUUCGCUGCUCGAGAUGCCGAGGAAUGUUGACUUUUUGACAGGUCAAAUUGGCUUAUGCAUUUACAACCUCAUGUCACGAGAUGUGAAGGAUUUGGACUUGAGUCUUAGCCUCAUCCAGCUGGGUGUUGAUUCGCUCGUCUCUAUUGAGAUUCGCAACUGGUGGCGCCGCACGCUGGGCGUUAGCAUCAGCACGCUUGAGUUCAUGGGUGCUGGAAGCAUUACCAACCUGGGCAAGUUGGCUGCCAAGGCCAUAAAGGAGGCUCACGAAGCUGCUUAAAGGUUCCCAUGACACGGGUCGUUUUGGAGGCUCUCGAUGUCCCUCGUCUACGUCGGAUCGGGCCGGUCCUUGAGGGAUUUCCGGAAGAGCUCCCUAGAUUGAGCUCGGUUGGGGGAUAUUGAUGAUACUGUUACAAGCUAUCUGGUUUCAGCAACUUUCAUUCAUUCGUUCAUUUCUUUUUCUUGUAAUUUUGUUUCGAAAGAAAUGUGAAAUGAAGGUUAAAUCGAAAAUUUGCUCUUUGCAUUAUGUAGCUUUUCUUACAUCUAUUAUCAUAAUAUGCUGUAUACGAAGCAUUUCAGCCAGUACUAUUAUUCUAGCAUUAUUUCCUAGGCAUAAUUUAAAUCCAGUUAUCUCAUG